AUGGCUUCUGGAGAUGAAUGGUGCACGAUCGAGUCCGAUCCUGGUGUCUUUACCGAACUGCUGGAGCAGCUUGGUUGCCCGCGCGUUGAGCUCCAGGAGCUUUGGAGUUUGGACGAAGACUCGCUGGCGCAGCUGACUUCAUCCACAAACCGCGUCUACGGUCUUAUCUUUCUGUUUCAAUGGAUUGGAGAGACGCAGAAAGAGCACGCCACGACGCAGACACCUUUAAAUGAAGAUGAUAUUCCAUCCAAUCUGUUUUUUGCCCAUCAAGUCACCACUAACGCCUGUGCAACGCAAGCCAUUUUAUCCGUCGUACUCAACGCCGACUUGGAGGAGCAAGAGCUGGGGUCAACCUUGGGGACCUUUCAGUCAUUUACCGCGUCGUUUCCUCCCAAUCUCAAAGGCGUGGCUAUAUCUAGUUCGGACGAAAUUCGAACCGCACACAACGCCUUUGGGAGGACGGACGCAUUUUUGCACGAAGGCAAGAUCCAUAAGCCUACCGGCGACGAAGAAGCCUUUCAUUUUGUGGCGUAUGUACCGCAGAGCAAUGUUCUCUACGAGCUUGACGGUCUACAGAAGGGACCCAUCGUCGUUGAUACCGUGGGAGCAGAAGAACAGGAAGCUGGCGCUACGGCCUGGCUAGGCAUUGCCCGAAAGGCCAUUCAAGAUCGUAUGCAGCAAUUGGGAGGUGAAGGAUCGAUCAAAUUUAACCUCAUGGCUGUAAUUGAGGACAAGCGUGUGCUGUUGGAGUCCCAACUGGCUGAUACGGCCGAGUCGGAUCCACAGCACGAUCUCUUGCUGUCUCAAAUACGAAUGGAACGCGACAAACGAGAAUUGUGGAAGGCAGAGAACCAGCGGCGGCGUCACAACUACGUCCCUCUCUGUGUGCAACUUUUGGAAGAAUUGGCCAGGGAUGGAUCACUCCGCGGCUUAAUCGAAGCUGCAAAGACAAAGCUAGUGGAAAACCGAAGACGC